UAGGGGGCACAACAGGCGGGACUUUUUAGCCUUUGCAAGUGGUUUCCUGAGAAAUGUUCUUACUUCUACCGUGCAGUUUCCAGUGCGAAACCAAGUUGCAUGUGUAACUGUGCUUCGUAAAUCUCUCUUGCAGCGUAAAUGGUUAUAGUGGCGGCGCCAUAAUUACCUAAGAGUGUAGUAAAUGUACAAAACGUGUGGAUAUUGACCAGCAGAAGUCGGAGAUUGACGGUGUGAUUGCUUUUUGCAAAGGUGAGAGAGGAGGAGGAAGGAAAGGUGUUGGGUCGCGAAAACACAUAACGGGCAUCACCCGUAUGUCGGACAACGACUUUGCCAACAGCAGGUGUUACUAUUUGUUAAUUGCGAUAAAGGAGCCGGUGCUGCGAAUUGGGCCGACAUGGAGUGGAGGGAGCAGUCCACGGUCAGCUGCGAAGUCGCCUUCAGGGAAGCCCAAAGAUGGGUCGAAGAGGUAUCCAAGAAGAAAUUCGGGCACCGGGACUUUCGAUCGGCACUGGAGAAUGGAGUCCUGUUGUGCGAUCUGAUCAACCGAAUAAAACCAGGCAUCAUCAAGCGAGUCAACAGGCUGUCCACGCCGAUCGCCGGCUUGGACAACGUGAAUGUCUUCUUGAAGGCUUGUGGCAAGCUGGGACUAAAAGAAGCACAGCUGUUUGAUCCGGGAGACCUGCAAGAUCUGUCCACCAGAGUGACUGUAAAGUAA